UGCCGCUUUUGUGGACAGAGCUUGGUCUGAGCAAGUCAGCCAGCAUCAGCUAUAGAUCUUUAAAGCCACAGCGACCCUUCUUUUAAAUCAAUGUAGCUUCACUGUUAGAUUCACAUGUUUUAGAACAGUUUGUGGAUACAGUGUUGGCAGUUUCGUUCCAAAGGAGCGGAUUCUACUUGAGGAAUGCUUGGGUCAGCUAUUGGAUGGCACUCUAGUUCUACGACACUCGGGGCAUGUGAAAAAGGGGAACGCAGUCAUCAGCUGGGACUGAUAUAAACUGGCACGGAUUCCCUCGGACUCCUACGAUGUUUGAAACGGUAUGACUAAAUUCAUAUUAAGAUACGGAAUUUCCUCAUGGUAUGAUAGCCUACAGUAUCAGCGAACAAACUAUACUCAACACCAGGAAGGAAGAAGCAUGUCACGACUGUCUUUGACCCGGUCCCCGGUAUCUCCUAUGUCCACACAAGGAAUCCCUCUACCGGCUCAACUGACAAAAUCGAAUGCUCCGGUUCACAUUGACGUCGGGGGACACAUGUAUACUAGUAGCCUGGCUACUCUCACCAAAUACCCAGACUCAAGAAUCAGCCGUCUGUUUAAUGGCACAGAGCCCAUCGUGCUGGACAGCUUGAAGCAGCACUACUUCAUCGACAGGGAUGGAGAAAUAUUCCGUUACAUUCUCAGCUUCCUCAGGACCUGCAAACUGCUUCUCCCAGAUGACUUCAAGGAGUUCCACCUGCUGUACGAGGAGGCUCGGUACUACCAGCUGUCCCCCAUGAUUAAGGAGCUGGAGCGUUGGAAGCAGGAGAGGGAGCAGCGCAGGACGGCCCAGCCCUGUGACUGCCUGGUGGUGCGGGUGACGCCUGACCUAGGUGAGAGGAUUGCCCUUAGCGGGGAGAAGGUGCUCAUCGAGGAGAUCUUCCCCGAGACUGGAGACGUCAUGUGCAACUCGGUGAACGCCGGCUGGAACCAGGACCCCACGCACGUCAUCCGCUUCCCCCUCAACGGCUACUGCAGGCUCAACUCUGUCCAGGUUCUAGAGCGUCUGUUCCAGAAGGGUUUCAGCGUGGCAGCGUCCUGUGGCGGCGGGGUGGACUCCUCCCAGUUCAGCGAGUACGUGCUGUGCCGUGAGGACCGGCGGAGUAUGUCCAUGAACACCCCCAUCAGGAUAAAACAGGAGCCCCUGGACUAGAGAAACUCUAGGAGAGGAGAGGGACUAGCCACGAGGGGCUCCUCACCCCCCUACUGGACAGAACAGAACAAACCCAAACCCUAAUAUCCCUCCACCUCACACCACAAAAACCAACCCAGCAAGAAACACCUAAGUAUUAGCAGACGCCUGAUAACGUUGCCAGCUCUGAGGAACUCAGUGCACUAAGGGGAAUGUAGUAUAAACACAAAAAAGGAAAGAAAAAAACAAAAGGAUUUGAUUCUGUUUACUAAUAACACCCAAAGAAAUAUAGGACUAUGAUGAUGAACAGAAAGACUGAAACAGCAGCUCCAUCUCUUGAACCAUUUAAGCACCGUGACCAAUCUCUUUUUCCUCCAGUUGUAAGGCUCUCCAACCCCUUAUGAAGAGGUGUCCUGACCUCAGUGAGGAGCACGGCCCCCUUGCCCUCAGUGCAGCGCAUGGCGGUGUGUCGUCCAGUCCCGUACGUGUCUGUGUGAGGCCCAUGUGUUGUGUGCGCCGUCCAGUGCAGCUGAGUGGGGACAAGACAGGUGCUAUUUAGGGAGGCCUGGCCUGACAAGGGGCAGGGCUGACAGAGAGGAAGAGGAGGAAGUGACAGCCAUCCAGCCCACAUUGCUCUUAUAGCCAGCAACCAGGCCUCGCAGCCAAGGGAGGUCCGAUUGAUUGUCUUUCUUAUUUUCAUUGUUGUUUAUAAAGUACAACUUUUUUCUCUGUUUUUUUGCUGUUCUGUCACAACAUGGUGUAAACAAUUAUUAAUAGGAUUGUUAUAUUUUUCCCCCUCCUAUAUGAAGGAUGUAUGAACGUUGUAUUCAAAGUCAUUAGGUUUGAAAGCUUGAGAGAAUGAGAAAAAGAGAGACAGAGAGAGAGAGAGACAGAGACAAAGAGAGAAAGAGAGACAGAGAGAGAGAAAGAGCGAGAGAGGGAGAGAGAGAGAGAGAGAGAAAGAGAGAGAGACACAGAGACACAGAGAGAGAGAGAGAGACAGAGAGGGAGAGAGAGAGAGGGAGAGAGAGAGACAGAGAGAGAGAGAGAGACAGAGAGAGAGCGAGAGAGAGACAGAGAGAGAGAGAGAGAGAGAGACUUGGCAGUGGCUAUAGAAACACUAUUAUGUCUGGAGGCUACGUGGCUAAAGCAGCAGUCUGGCUGGUAAUGCAUUCAGAGCUGGAGAAGGUCUCAUUGUUUAAAUGGGGCUGCAAGGGAACCUGGCUAUUUCUACAUCUUUCAGAGGAAACAUUUGUAGCAUGCAUAAAGUGCAUUGGCUUUGUCACAAUUAGCUGUCAAACAUAUCUUACAGCAAAUAAGAUUAACAAUGUGAGAUACAUAUAUUUAUUAAAAAGUCAAAAGUCAAAAUGAUCUGCAAUGUGAAGUGAGAAAAUCUGAAUGAAAUUGUAUAUGAAGGCUCUGAAUGUGUUGCUGGUUGUGGAAUGCCAGAAUGUUCCUAACUUGACAAGGAACGUGUGAACUGAGGUAGAUCAGUGUAUCUCCAUGAUUGUGAUGAGAUGCACUCUAAAUGCUUGAUAACUUUGUUUGCACUUAUAACACAUCAUCUACAAAACUUCCGCCAUCCCCAAAAAGUUCUUAGUAUACGUCCUGAUGACCAGUGCCAAAUCAACCCACACAUUAUCUCAUUGUGUUUAUAGUAAUUAGCACAUAUUAAUAUGUUGAGAGAGCCCAAUGUAAGUAAUAGCAAACUUCGGUGAUAAAGCUAAGUUGCCUAUUUGAUGAUUGUACAAAGUUUAAAAUUCAUUUUUUCAUAAUUGUUUAUUUGACACAGAAAUCACUAUGAUUAUUCAAAACUAUUUUAUACAAACAAACACAGUCUGACAAUUGAAAGAAUACUUCAAUACAUCAACAAUUCAAUUCAAUACUUCAAUCAUGGAAGCCCCUGAUGUUUGUCUUGCUGACUGUCAUUUCAUUUCUAAGGCAGGAUUAUUUCAAUCACUCUUCACAUGUCUGCAGCAGCAUAACCUAAAAUGAACUGUAAGCUGAGCAUCAGAGUAUUGUUUACAGAGAAAAAGAGUGGGAGGCACUUAUUCUAUCCUGCUGUGAUUCCAUGGUUUGAUUCUCUACAUUUGUGGAUCAAAGAGAGAAACAAGAAAGAAAGAGUAUAAAGUUGUCAUACUUUAUAUCUGUGUAACUGUGUUUCAUCCAUUCCAAAAUAAUAGAUCAAAAAGAGGCCCAUUCUGAUCUUGGUUCAGCACCGGCUUGUUAAUGAGUUUGUUUUGAAACCUUCUAUGGUGGGUGUUUCACUAAACAUCACAAAAAUCUUAAUUUAAAUGGGAUGGGAGUCUAAUUUGACACGAACCAACUCUCCUCUUGGUCCUAGUGUCCAGUGUCUUCUCUGUGGAUGUCCACUGAUUAAACAAACCCCAGGACUUCUUCAGUCUUCAGUUUUUAAAGAUGGUCAGGGUUAGUUAGUUUAGCUCCAAGAAGUCCAGAAGGCAGCACAGACCUCCUGGGGGACCUCCCUCCCAAUCAGGAUCCUCUUUGUUCUGACCUGCUACUGGCCUGGGCCCUUGUAUCCAGUCGCCUCAAAGGGAAUGGCCAACCAGGCCUUUCAUGUUGCUGAGGGAUGUGGGGCUUCAGAGCCGAGCGGAUCCCCCGGGCUCCCAUGCACUCCCAGCUCCUCAGCAAUGCCAGUAGAGACAAGGGUUGUGCCCCCCACUGCGUCAUCACAUUCCCAGACCCUUCUGUACAGAGCACCCUCCUAACGUUACCCCCAUGGCUCACUGGACCGCACCGCACCAGACCAAACAAUCAUUCCCUCCCUACUUUAUGUCCUCUGGUAUCUCUAGAUUCAACUUUACAUCCAGUUCUCAAUGGUUCUGAAUAGUUACAGUAUGUGGCAGCAUUUAGCUCACCUUCAUCAGUUCACUUCCCUGUUGACACAAGAGUAAAGCAACUCAAUAAUACCUCUUACAGGUGGCAAGUUCUCACAGAUACCUCAUUACAUUACUGGGCCAUUUCCUCUAACAUAUUGUAUGGUUUCACACAUACUCUCAGAAAAAAGGAGUGCUGUGCAGCACCAUUUGUCCCUGUAGGAGAACCCCCUGAAAGUUGACUCCAGAUAGAACCGUUUUGGGUUCCAAAUAGAACCUGGAUUCCAAAUAGAACCUGUUAAAGAGUGCUAUUUGGAACCAGAAAUAGCUCUCCGAUAUUAAAUGGUUCUAUCUGGAACCUUUUUUCAGAGGGUUCCCCUACAGGGACACAUGGUGCCACAUAGCACUCUUUUUUUUCUCUCUUUUUUUUUUUCUGAGAGUGUACCAUUUUCUUUUAGUAAUUUGUGGUCAGUAAGUUGGUAGACCAAAAUUGACAAGGAGUCCUACCACUUCUCUGUGUGGUGUGAAGUCCAGAGACCGGAGGGAAGUUAGUUGUACAGUUGUUUGUAUAUUAAAUUGUUAUCAGGACUCUGGUUUUUACUGAGCCCUUGACAGUCUUAAUAAAAAAAGAGACCUCUAAGUCCUCUCACUCACUACGAAACAAAAAUAACGAAAAUAAUUUCCAAUUUACAAGCAUUAUGUUGUGUACAUAUGGAUUAAACACAUUUCAAAAGGGUAUACUUAAGGUACAAAAUGUAUAUUAUUGAAAAUGUUUUAAUAAUUAGACUGUGGUAUUAAAGGGCAUGUGUUCACUUACAGUGUGUCCAUUUGAUUUUUCUUGCAUAUUUGCGAUAAUAAAAGGAUGUACUGUAUAUUUUCUGCCUCA